CUUAUAUUUCAUCCAAGAAGACCCUAAAACCAGCGCUACGGCCUACCUCGAUGAACCUAUUUGGGCAAUUGGUCCUCGAGGAGAGAUCGUGCUGAAAGCCCAUUUUCCUGUCCCUGAUGUAAGAGGGUACGUACGACAAAAGCACGACAUCGCAUUCCUUAUCGGCAAGAUCUACGUACCAAAACAGCAAGAGAGCGAGGUUCAGAAAGCUGCACGCGAUGGAAAGAUGAUUCCCCGGCCGAAGCCAACCAGGGAGACAAUCCGACUCGAGUCCCAAGACAUGAUCGAAUCCAUGGAAGCCUUCAUCGCCGGAAAAUUCAAAUUCAUCGAAGAACAUCCGGAUUUCGAUGUUAGAGCUCCCUUGGCGGCCCCAUAUCUCUUCUGGUACCACGACCGAUCACCAGAAACGAUAAGUGGACUGAAUGACCUACACCAGAAGCAUAUGCGCAGACUCACAGGAUGGAUUGAUGACAACUACGGCGAGAUGUAUCACCGUGUAGAGAAGCAAUUGGACAAAGGAGUCGUUUCUUAUGAGUCGAUAGAGUUUCUCAUGAAGCCUGGUGACGCUAUCAUCCUGAACAACAAACCAGGACAGGAAGGUGGAACCUUGAAGGCCGAGAUUGCUGCGUCGUGGCCAGCUAGUAAAACGCCCCAGAAGCUUGCCGACUUUGGUGUAGAUUCGCCCUGGGUCAAAAUGAAUAAGGAUCACAAAAAGAAAUGCACCUGGAAGUGGAUUGUUGAUUGCUGGGCCUACAAAUAUGAUGGCUCGUUCUACCGAACGGAGAGGCAGGUUGAGAUCCAAUUGCGGGCGGAAAAGGCGGACGAAGAAGUCGCCAUUCAGAAGCUGAACGUCUACCCUUUGAGAUACGCCAGUGAAGAAACCAGAGCACUUCUUGAACAAAGAGGCCGAACGUUCUGGAGCUGUCGAGAUAGAAGGCUUGUCUCGUACGAAGACAAGAAUGGAAUUUACGGCGUAUGCUUCCCGGCCUACGUUUGAAGCCGUCUGAGCUGACCGUUCCUCUAGAGCGCAGAACGGUUCAUGGUGGACUUUUAUACCUACAGACAAUUGCACUCAGAUUCGUCAGCCUUCAAACGGGAAUACCAAUCCCGCGAUGAUCACAACGAAAAACGAAUGGAUCUCAGCGCCAUGGAGGCCGAUGA